GGCACUGAAGUUAAAGUCCAACAUGGCUGCGCCCAGAAGAAGAGUAUUUGUUGUCGGUGUCGGUAUGACAAAAUUUGAAAAACCAGGCAGGAGAGAUGAAUUUGAUUAUCCUGAUAUGGCAAAGGAAUCAGCUUCUAAGGCUUUGAAGGAUGCAGGCAUUUCAUACAAUGAGGUGCAACAAGUUUGUGUAGGUUAUGUCUAUGGAGAUACAACAUGUGGCCAGAGAGCUGUGUAUCAGUUGGGGAUGACUGGAGUUCCAGUAUACAAUGUGAACAAUGCCUGUAGCACUGGAUCAACUGCAUUGUUGAUGGCCAAGCAGUUCAUUGAAGGAGGUUUGUCAGACUGUGUGAUGGCUCUUGGGUUUGAGAAGAUGGAAAGAGGAUCCCUUUCUGCAAAGUACACUGACAGGACUAACCCCAUGGAUAAGCAUGUGGAAGUGAUGGCCAAUACAUUUGGUCUGGAACCCUCUCCAGUGACAGCCCAGAUGUUUGGUAAUGCUGGCAGAGAACACAUGGAGAAGUAUGGAACAAAGCCAGUGCAUUUUGCCAAAAUUGCAUAUAAGAACCACAAGCAUUCUGUAAACAACCCGUAUUCCCAGUUUAGGAAAGAAUAUACACUGGAAGAAAUAGCUGCCUCCCCUAGUAUUCACAACCCACUGACCAAACUUCAGUGUUGCCCUACAUCAGAUGGUUCAGCAUGUGCUGUGGUGGCCAGUGAGGAGUUUGUAAAGCGUCAUGGCCUCCAGGCUCAGGCUGUUGAGAUCCUUGGCAUGGAGAUGGCCACUGAUCUACCCACCACAUUCCAGGAAAAUAGCUGUAUGAAAAUGGUUGGUUAUGAUAUGACCAAAGCAGCAGCAGAUAGGCUGUUCAAAAAGACAGGUGUUUCUGUGAAAGAUGUUGAUGUAGUUGAGCUCCAUGACUGUUUCUCUGCAAAUGAGCUUAUCUCCUAUGAAGCAUUAGGAUUGUGUGAACCAGGCAAGGCAGGGGAGCUGAUAGACAGAGGAGACAAUACCUACGGUGGAAAGUUUGUGGUCAAUCCAAGUGGAGGACUGAUAUCUAAAGGACACCCUCUUGGUGCAACAGGUUUGGCCCAGUGUUCAGAGCUGUGCUGGCAGUUGAGAGGUUUGGCAGGAAAAAGACAAGUGCCUGGUGCUAAAUUGGCUUUGCAACACAACAUUGGUCUGGGAGGAGCUGUCGUAGUGGCUUUAUACAGAAUGGGGUUUCCAGAGUACCACAGGACUGGUAGAAUCCAGGCCAUGCCAACCAGUGCCCAAGUUGCAGACUUCAAAAGUGCUGCUUUGUUUGAUCUCAUGACAAAAGAGAUUGAGAAGGAUGGCGCCAACCUGGUGAAGAAGGUAAAAGCAGUGUACUGUUUCAAGGUGACUGGAGCUGGUGGGAAGACUGGGUGCUGGGUGGUGGACUGUAAGAAUGGUUCUGGCAGUGUCAAGUUUGAUCCUAACGGAAAAGGAGAUGUCACCAUCACAAUGUCAGAUGAUGACAUGAUCAAAAUGGCCAUGGGAAAAUUGAACUCCCAGCAGGCUUUCUUCUCUGGUAAGCUGAAGAUCACAGGCAACAUGGCUCUAGCCAUGAAGUUGCAACAGAUUAUGCCCAAACCAGGCACAGGAGGCACAUUGAAAGCAAAAUUGUAAAAUUUACGAUCUUGAGGCACAAAUUGAAAUAAGUAAUCAAAAGUGAACUGCAUACUUAAAUUAAUGAAGUUGACACCACAAGGAAGUAUGAGUUGAUGCACCGAAAUGCAUUAUGCAAUCAUGGACAAUCUGAAUAAUUGUUCAAAAUCAGUUCUUGUCACAGACUUCUGGUUUAUUUGGCAUCAGGUUAGGUGUUUUAUGGAUUACAUUUCAAUCAAAUGUUGGACAAAUUUUUAACAAUACUAGGCACAGCUAAUUAUCUUUGGGAUAAAUAUAAAGUAAUGUGUUAAGUUCAUUGAAUGAAGUUAAUGACUUAAAAGAAUAUCACCAUUUUAAUUUGGUGCUUUUUGAUGUGACCAUGCAUUUCAUUCUUAUUCUCAUCAACUUAAUCAUCUAGUACCCACGGCAUUCCACUGAUGAGUCUUAAUUGAGGUCACAUCCUUAGUGAUCAAAUACUUAAAUGAAUUAUUGAGGACAUUCAGAACAGAAGAUUUGAGAAUCUUCUGAUCCAUGGAUCAAAUAUGAUGGACCCUACAUGAAAGAAGAGUCAACUAAACUGCUGAUGGUCGUCUCUCUGCCUCUCGAUGACAUAAAUUAUAUUACGCUAUAAAUUUCCAUAUUUCCAAAUAUUGUUGAUUUUUAUACCAAUUUUUAAAGGUAGCCACAUGCACUUUAUCGUAUUAUUUGUACAUAAUAUGAAUAAAAAUGAAAGUAUUGUUCUUGUUGCAAAUGUGGACAUUUUCUAUUGAAAAUGUAUUAAACGACACUUUAAAUGAA